GCUCGAAUCGGUAGUCGCUCCUUAAAAUCUUUGCAGCAGACGAAAAAUUCCCGUUUUCCCCUAAUAAAAUAGUGUAGAAAAAGAAAACAAACAAUGCAUAUCGCAUCAUCGAUACAAAAAGUUGUUUGCCAAUUAUUGCUGUUGUACUUGUUCAGUUGUUCCGUGGAUGGCGAGACAAAGGGAGCAACGCAAUUGACGAAUCAAAAUAUUGAUCUUACAUUAGCAAGUCACGAGCUCGUUUUCAUCAACUUUUACGCAGAAUGGUGCAGAUUCAGCAACUUAUUGCAGCCGAUUUUCGAUGAGGCAGCGGAUAAGGUGCGUGAAGCCUUCCCCGAGGCGGGGCGUGUUGUGAUGGGAAAAGUUGAUUGUGACAAGGAAAGUGCUGUCGCAUCGCGUUUUCAUGUCACAAAGUACCCCACGUUGAAGGUAAUUGUCAAUGGACAGCCCACAAAGCGAGAAUAUCGCGGGCAACGCAGUGUCGAGUCCUUCGUGGAAUUCGUGAAGAAACAAUUGGAGGACCCAAUUAAGGAAUUUCACAGUUUACGCGAUUUGGAGACCCUGGACGACAAAAAACGCAUCAUUAUCGGGUAUUUUGAUCGUCGGGACCAAAAUCCGGAAUACACGAAUUUUAGACGAGUAGCUACUAAUUUGAAAGAUGAUUGUCAGUUCCAUGUCGGAUUCGGAGAUGUUGUCUCUGCGAUGCAUCCUCCAGGAUGGAGUAAAAGUCACCCAAUCGUUGUUUUUAGACCAGAUGUAGCGAUAUCGCACGAAAACGACGAAACGUUCGACGGAAAAUUGACGAAUUUUGACGAGUUGAUGGUUUGGACACAGACCAAAUGUGUCCCAUUGGUGCGUGAAAUUACCUUUGAGAAUGCCGAAGAGCUCACGGAAGAAGGUUUACCAUUCCUUAUCCUCUUCCAUGCUCCCGAUGACUUUGAGUCGAUCAAAGAUUACAAGGCGAUUGUUGAAACGCAGCUCAUUGGAGAGAAACAAAACAUCAACUUCCUCACUGCCGAUGGCAAGCGAUUCGCUCACCCAUUACAUCAUCUCGGCAAAAGUCAAUCUGACUUACCUUUGAUCGCGAUCGAUUCAUUCCGUCACAUGUACUUGUUCCCCCGAUUCAAGGACAUCUACCAACCCGGCAAACUGAAACAAUUCCUCCAAGAUUUAUAUUCCGGCAAAUUGCAUCGCGAAUUCCAUUACGGGCCUGAUCCAAGUGACAAUAAUGCCAUCGAAGGCGGUAACGACGAUGGAUCACGUAAACCAACGACGCCGCCAGAAUCAACCUUUAAGAAACUCGGACCCAGCAAAAAUCGUUACACAUUACUGAAGGAUGAAUUAUAAGAAAACACACAAUUCUAAGCCAAUCUCGUAGGAAAAACAAAUAAAAAAGUAUGAAUGUUGCUGAAUGAGGUGACGAAUGCAUUUAGAACAAACACCGGAUUUUAUUUAGGAAAUUUUUUUGAUGCACGCCUUUUUUCGUUUAACGUGCUUCUUCGUGAUUCUUUCGACGGUUUAAUUAAAUUAAUUAUAAUUAUUAUUAUCGAGUUACUUGAUGAUAUUUGAUGAAUAUCACACAUUUUCAAGUUUUUGGUCAGUUAUUCUACCUCUCUUGUCGUAUUUCAUCUUGAAUUGUAAAGUAUGUUAGUUUUAGAUCUGUAAAAAAAUACAAUGUGAGUCAAUAAAGA